UGCAGUCGGGACACCGACAACAGACUGGCCCACCGGCGGCAGACGAUUCUCCGUGAAAAGGGGAGAAGGUUAGCUAACCGAGGACCAGCAUACAUGUUUAACGAUCGCUCAACAAGCUUAUCUGUUGAGGAGGAACGUUUUUUAGAUGCUGCUGAAUAUGGCAACGUCCCGGUGGUGAGGAAGAUGUUGGAAGAAUGUCUCUCCCUCAAUGUUAACUGUGUGGAUUACAUGGGCCAGAAUGCCCUGCAGUUGGCCGUGGCCAACGAGCAUCUGGAAAUUACGGAACUUCUUCUCAAGAAAGAAAACCUCUCCCGUGUUGGGGAUGCUCUGCUUCUAGCUAUUAGUAAAGGUUAUGUUCGGAUUGUGGAAGCUAUUCUCAGUCACCCGGCUUUUGCUGAAGGUAAGAGGUUAGCAACCAGCCCCAGCCAGUCUGAACUGCAGCAGGACGAUUUUUAUGCCUAUGAUGAAGAUGGAACGCGGUUCUCUCAUGAUGUGACUCCAAUCAUUCUGGCCGCACACUGCCAGGAAUACGAAAUUGUGCACACCCUCUUGCGGAAGGGUGCUCGGAUUGAACGGCCUCAUGACUAUUUCUGCAAGUGCAAUGAGUGCAGCCAGAAACAGAAGCAUGACUCCUUCAGUCACUCCCGAUCUCGGAUUAAUGCCUACAAGGGCCUGGCAAGUCCGGCUUACCUGUCACUGUCUAGUGAAGACCCAGUCAUGACAGCUUUAGAGCUCAGCAACGAGCUGGCGGUGCUGGCCAACAUUGAGAAGGAGUUCAAGAAUGACUACAAAAAACUAUCAAUGCAGUGCAAGGAUUUUGUGGUUGGACUCCUUGACCUGUGCAGAAAUACCGAAGAAGUGGAGGCCAUUCUGAAUGGGGACAUUGAAAUGCAUCACAGUGGAGGAGAUCACGGCCGUCCAAAUCUCAGCCGUUUAAAACUUGCCAUUAAAUAUGAAGUAAAAAAAUUUGUAGCUCAUCCAAACUGUCAACAGCAGCUUCUGUCCAUAUGGUAUGAGAACCUCUCCGGCCUGCGGCAGCAGACCAUGGCGGUUAAGUUCCUCGUGGUCCUGGCGGUGGCCGUCGGAUUGCCCUUCCUGGCUCUCAUUUACUGGUUUGCUCCGUGCAGCAAGAUGGGGAAGAUUUUGCGCGGACCAUUCAUGAAGUUUGUGGCGCACGCUGCUUCCUUCACCAUUUUUCUGGGACUCCUAGUCAUGAAUGCAGCUGACAGAUUUGAAGGCACCAAACUCCUUCCUAAUGAAACCAGCACAGAUAAUGCAAAACAGCUGUUCAGGAUGAAGACGUCCUGCUUCUCAUGGAUGGAGAUGCUCAUCAUAUCCUGGGUAAUAGGCAUGAUAUGGGCUGAAUGUAAAGAAAUUUGGACAGAAGGCCCCAAGGAAUACUUGUUUGAGUUGUGGAAUAUGCUUGACUUUGGUAUGUUGGCGAUCUUUGCUGCAUCGUUCAUUGCAAGGUUCAUGGCAUUUUGGCAUGCUUCCAAAGCCCAGCACAUCAUUGAUGCAAAUGAUACUUUGAAGGACUUGACCAAAGUCACACUGGGAGACAAUGUGAAGUAUUACAAUUUGGCCAGGAUAAAAUGGGACCCCUCUGAUCCUCAAAUUAUAUCUGAAGGUCUUUAUGCAAUUGCUGUAGUUCUAAGUUUCUCGAGAAUAGCUUAUAUUUUACCAGCCAAUGAAAGCUUUGGGCCUCUGCAAAUAUCACUUGGAAGAACAGUAAAGGACAUCUUCAAGUUCAUGGUCAUAUUCAUCAUGGUAUUUGUGGCCUUUAUGAUUGGAAUGUUCAACCUCUACUCCUACUACAUUGGCGCAAAACAAAACGAAGCUUUCACAACAGUUGAAGAGAGUUUUAAGACACUAUUCUGGGCUAUAUUUGGACUUUCUGAAGUGAAGUCAGUGGUCAUCAACUAUAAUCACAAAUUCAUUGAAAACAUCGGUUAUGUUCUUUAUGGAGUCUAUAAUGUUACAAUGGUCAUCGUCUUGCUAAAUAUGUUAAUUGCAAUGAUCAACAGUUCAUUCCAAGAAAUCGAGGAUGAUGCCGAUGUGGAGUGGAAAUUUGCAAGGGCCAAACUUUGGUUUUCCUACUUUGAAGAGGGAAGAACAUUACCUGUUCCCUUCAACCUGGUGCCAAGUCCAAAGUCCCUGUUUUAUCUCUUACUGAGGCUUAAAAAAUUGAUUUCGGAGAUGUCCCAGGCCCAUAAAAAAGGUUUCCAGGAGGAUGCAGAGAUGAACAAGAGAAAUGAAGAAAAGAAAUUUGGAAUUUGGGGAAGUCAUGAAGACCUUUCAAAAUUAUCACUUGACAAAAAGCAGCUUGGGCAUAGUAAACAAUCAAGUAUAAGGAGCUCAGAAGAUUUCCAGUUAAAUAGUUUCAGUAAUCCUCCAGGAAAGUAUCAGAAAAUUAUGAAGAGGCUCAUUAAAAGAUACGUCCUACAAGCCCAGAUAGAUCGGGAGAGUGACGAUGUGAAUGAAGGGGAACUGAAGGAAAUUAAACAGGACAUCUCAAGCCUCCGCUAUGAACUCCUUGAAGAGAAAACUCAGAAUUCGGAAGACCUAGCAGAACUUAUUAGAAAACUUGGGGAGAAAUUAUCAGUGGAACCAAAGCAAGAGGAAGGCAAUAGAUAAUGCAAAGACUUCUGUUAAAAAUCCUAUUUAUUUGUCCACUUGAAGCCAUAUUAUUUUCCAAAUUAUUUUUAAGUGCCAUUGUGACUAUCUUUUAAACAAGAGAAUGUCCAAAGAUAACUUAUCCAAAGCCCUAGUAUUUAAUAUUUUUAGUGAUUAAAUUUCAUUGUUCAGGCUGAAGUUUGCAGAUUAUGAUGAAAAUUAUGCCCAGUUUGAUGUUUUCUUGGCUGUAACUGUCGUGAUGAUGUGAUUGCCAUCUAGUGUCUGCCUAGGGGUUGGCUAGGCUGUAGAAGGCUGACACAGCCCACUCUCCGUGUGGUCUUUACCUUGAAGAUGAUUUCAGGUAACUGCCUGCCUUCUGGAUCCCCUGAUGGUGAAUUCCAGCCCUGAAAUGUAGGGACAGAUAAUCUGUAGCUAUUUGGAAAAUGCUGUUUAAUCAUCUACUCUGCUAAGCCCCACAGUAUAUGAUUGGUAGUAUCUGUGCAAAAUUGGGUUAAAUCUUUCCUAAAUUUGCUAGUUCACCUCUUUGAAAAUGUUACGCUUAACAGUGAAAAAGUGCAAGCCCUGAAAACAUGGUUUAAUUUGUGUGUGUGCGCGCACGUGCGUGUAUGAAAUGCUUGUCCUGUUUUCUUUUGUAGUCAGUAUGGACUCUCAAAACUUCUUUCUCUUUUGAGUUUUACUGUGACUGAAAAAUUAUUGACCAAAUAUGAGCCCUUUAUUGGAGAUGGAUCAAAAUCACAAAUGAUUUGAUUAUUUGGUCCAGUUGUAGCAUAAUUUUGUGCCAUUUCUGAGGCAUUUACAGGUAAAUCUCACAUUUGGCAACGAGUAUAAAGGAAACAGUGUGGAGGGAACUUGCAAAUACUUACCUUUAUUCUCAGUAUGUUCUACCCUCUCAGAAAAUACAUGAAGUAGGGAUCUGUGUUUAUAGGCAUCUAUGUAGGCUGCUCUUACUGAUGAUGUGAUGCAAUUUCUACAAAAUUAAAAGAAAGAGAUGAAAGUCUAGCUGUUCAGCUACAAAGACUACCAACAUUGAAAUGAUGCUGUGCAUUGACUGGAAGUGUUUCUUUAAAUUCAGUAAAGAGAGGUUUCAAAUUAAAAAUUUUAAUUUCAUUUUAGAGAGAAAAUAGUCACAAAAAUCUAGUUAGCCCCAUCUUUGACUUAAGUCGACUUUGACUUAAGUCAAAGUGGUUUUAUGUAGCCAGAUAAGAAAAUACAAUUGAAAUUUUGCAUUCAGUGAUUUUGUAUUUGUGGGUAUUAUUUAUUGCAAAGUUAUUUAGUAAUGCAGAAAAGGUAGGCUUUCAAAUGUUUUGUGACAAUUUUUGAAUCAGAAGUUGUAAAAAUCAGCCUCAUAGCAAAUGCACUAUCAGCAAAUUAAAAUAAUCCAACAUCCACAAAGCUUUUGUGUUGUGCCAUGGAAGAGAUUGGCCUCUAUGCCAAGGCCUCUAUGCCUAUGACAGCAAACGGGCUUGGCUCCAAAGAAUCUAGAAAAGAUAUUCAGAUUCCUCAGUGUCUUUUAAGUUGGGUUGACCUGACAAGAUGUAAGUUUUGGGACCUGCAACGGGAAUGACUGGCUUUCUCAGUAAAAGGCACUGCCAUCAAGUGCUACCUCUAUGACUGUUUAAAACUAACAUGUCCUGAAGUCAGCAGAUUUCCUCAAAGUGCAACUGAAUUGGCACCUCUUCCAAUUUCCUUUCAAUUGGAACAUGAAAAGAAACCAACCACAUUUUAAGAAAGGUUUUAAAAAUUCCAACAGGAGCUUAAUUAAAGGCAUAUUGUCAAAGGAUGGUCAUGAGCUUGACUAUCCUGCACAAGUUUCAAGGCUUAAAAUUCUGUAUUCAUGUGCAGUGAGUUUAACCUACAAAAAUAAAAUGAUUAAGCAGAUGAAA